GAUUCAUUAAGUCAGUUUUCUUCUCUCUUCUUAGCUUGCAUUCUGCAGUGCAGACCCCACCUUUCGAAAUUAUCUUUACUCUCCAAUUGGAAAUUUGAAAGCUUUAUGGUAAUUAUAGUAUUGAUGUUUACAUCAAAGGAAUCAAUGCAUUUGCUGCAAUUGCAUGCUUCUACCCAAGUAUGGAUUGUUUGGAUACCCAGAAAAUUUUCCAAAUGCGGUGUGUUGAAACCCAUUUUUUGCCACUUACACAAACAACCCGCAUCUCGAGUUCAGCAUCAGCUCCCAUUUACCUCAAAAGUUCAAAACUCUCUAGUCUCAGUCACCUCUUCCAAACCUGGUUCGAUAAUCGGUGUGACAGUUCCGGCGUGCUAUAAUCGACGGCAAGCUGUUUUCCGUGACCUUGUCUUCUGUGAUCCUGAAAAGGAUGAGAAAUUUCUGAUUAGAUGGAAGAAAAUGGAGAGAAUGAGAAUGCUUGAGAGUUUGCAGGAGAGUGAGGUUGGCGGCGGAAGAAAUGAGGAAGAAUGGUAGAGUUUUUUGUUUGGAGGUUAGCUAGUGAAGAGAUUAACAAUUUCUGGGAGACUAAGAGUUUCCUAUGGUUGCUGGUGGUGAACAAGCUUUCCUAGCUUGUUGAGGUAACUUGUAUCUGCCCAAAGCUGAAACCUGGCUCAAUGUUUUGUUAAAGAACUUCACAUUAUUAGAACAUGUUUUGUUUACCAAAUGGGGCAUCAAGUAAACUUAAGAGCUGAUU